UGACGCGUUUCACACCACCAGACGAUGGUGACAGGAUGCGCUCUGCUCCUCGUUGUCGUCGCAGUUGUUGUCGCAGCAGCCACGGCCACUGCGACGGCAGGCGCGUUGCGGGUGGGAGAUCGGCCGAGGCACGGCGCGGUGCUGUCUGGGAAGACGGUGUGCUUUGACGUUGCUGGGCUGAGGCCCGCCACCAGCUAUGAGGCGCGCGUGUCGUAUGUUGGUGUGGUGCCGUCCCUGUUUACACUCACCUUCGCCUGUGGCAAGGAUGCCGAGGAGCACGACAGCUUUUCCCCCGAGCCUGCUUCACUUGGGGUUGUUCUCGCCGACCAAGGCGAUGACACGGCUGUUGUGGAUCACACCGGCUCCAGGCGUGUUCAACGGCUCCAACAACAACAGCAACAACGACAACAGCGACAACAGCAACAACAGCAACAACGACGGCAGCUGCUCGACACGAGCAAGAUCAUCUUUAGAACAGAUGUGAAGGGAGCGCCCAUCUCACCGGGCGCCGGUGGCUGCAGCACUCUGUGCGUCACCGGAGAGUACGCCAGUGUGCCCAUGUACCGACAUCAGAGAGAUGGGGAGCCAGUGCUACGGUUCACGCUUGUCGUUGAGGAGAACGUUGUGUUUGGGCUGGUUCCAACGUCUGUGGUGUGGCUGAUACCGACCAUUCUUGUGCUUGUCGCACUUGUACAACUGCUCAUCGUUCCACGUCUCCACACCCACAUCCUCCGCCAAUACCGAUGCUGACACACAUUGUGCGUGCGUGUGUGCGUGUGUGUUGUUUGUGAGAGAGAGAGUGUGUGUGUGUGUGACAGACCGUGCCACUGCUGACACCAGACACCACCAACACCGGCACAAACACGUUGCAAGCUCGUUUGGAUGCGUCACCUUGCCAUAUUGGGAUCAUGUACUUUUAUACAGAUCAGAAGGAGGAGGACGCAAGGCGCAAACAGCGAUUGUGCGCACCUUGCUGCCAUAUGUACACACAAGCAAGUAAACGACAGUCAAAGAGGGAAAACAGAGUUAAAAA